CAGUCUGAGCCAAAAGCUCAGAGCUUUCCCUUAAUCCUCUCAUCCAAAACCCUCAAAUUUCAAAUCCCCUAAUCUUCAUCUCAUCCAAUUGCUUCUCCGAUUUGAAUAUCAACCUUCAAUUCAACUCUACCAUCUCCAUUUCGCCGUCUUUUGCUACAAAAUGGCAUUCCCUGGCUGUUGUUACCCUUUUCUAGGUCGUUUUUCUUCGUCUUCGAGACUGCACUAUACCAAAAUCUUCACCUUCGUAUUUCAAUUUGCUCUUAUGGCGAUCCGCAUCUCCCUAGGAUUUUCCGGCUUCGUGGCCCAUAACCUAGCCUCCUCUGCCAAUAUUCACGUCAAUAAUUGCUGUGGCAUCCACAGGUGCUGGGUCAGGUCUCUGCUAUUCGGCACUAACCAGAUUAGUGUCUUGGAUGUGGGGUUCAAUGUGGUUUUUAGCGACUUAAAGGCCCAGUUGGAAGCUCUGGUGACUAACAAUGCUAGAGAAUCAGAAAUCCAGGGAGUCAUUGGUGAAGUGCCUGAUAUUAUACUCAGAUGUGUUAGUCGAGAUGAGGCCGCCUUGGCUGUGGCUCAAAAGGUUUUCAAGGGUUUGUACGAGAAUGCAACAAACCAGAUUCAUGUUGGCGCACAUCUAGCAAUGCUGACUGUGAUUCGUGAUGUUUGCAAGCUUGUCUUUACGCAGCUCAAUAGUUGGGUAUGCACUAUUACACUGGCAGAUAUUGUUUACGCAGUCCGGCCCUCCCCUUUGAAUCAUGUUCUUUUUUUCUUGUUUCUUUUUCUCCAGAAGGUUUGAAUGUUGAUUUUGGUCACUCAACUUUUCAAUGACCUAAGCGUUUAGUCUUAGUUGGUAAAUGCUAUUUCAUAGUUCUAUGAUCAUGUCACCUUGGUCACAAUUAGAAACUGAUAUUGGCAUA